AUGAUGAAGGACUCGGAGUCUCAGCUGGGCGAGCCGGUCAGCAAAGUCGACAGCGACGAAGUCGGCCAAGUCGGCGAUGCUCGACACAUGGGCGUCUUUGGCAAGGCCGCUGCGGCCGGUGGCAAGCAAUACCGUGUGCUCGGGCGGUGGAAGACGUCGUUCGUCUUCAUCCACACGGAAGUCGGUAUCGGGAUUCUCAGUUUGCCAUCGGUGCUCAAGACCCUCGGCAUGGUGCCGGGCAUCAUCGCCAUCCUGGGCAUCGGCGCUCUCGCGACCUGGACGGCCUACCUGUACCUGCUCUUCUGGCGCAAGUACCCGCACAUCGACAACCUCCCGGAUGCCAUGAGGGUGCUGGGUGGGAAGCCGCUGGCCAUCAUUGGCGCCAUCGGGCUGAUCAUCAACCUGUCGUUCGCCUGUUCAUCGGCCGUGUUGACCAUGAGUAUCGCCUUCAACACCCUGAGUCACCACAGCAUGUGCACGGUGGCCUUUGUUGGCUUCGCCGCGCUCGUGUGUUACGUCUUGUGCAUGCCGCGGACUCUGAACUUCGUCUCCUAUUUCUCAGCUCCCGCAACUCUGGCCAUCAUCGUCCCCAUCUUCAUUGUCAUCGGGUCCCUGGUGCACGGCAAGCCACAGUCGGCGCCCGACGUGUGGUCGCCUGACAUGAAGGUCGUCGGCAACCCCAACUUCCGCGAAGCCUUCUCUGCCAUUCUGAGUAUCUUCUACGCCUUCGGUGGCCGACAAGCCUUCCUCACCGUCGCGGCCGAGAUGGAGAACCCUUCCAAAGACUUUGUGCCGGCCCUGUUCAUCCUGCAGAGCUUCGCCAUCCCCAUGUACUUGGUGACGGCUGCCGCCAUCUACGGCCUGGCCGGACAGUACACCACGUCUCCAGCGCUGGGAAGUGCGCCCCUCAUCCCGGCCAAGGCAGCCUACGGGAUCCUACUGGUGACGCUUUUCAACACCGGUCUCUUCUACUCUCACGCUGGCAUCAAGUAUCUCUACGUCUUCGUCAUGCGGGACGCCCUCAAGAUCCCCGAGGAGAUGACCCUCAACAACGUCAAGACCUGGAGCAUCUGGGUCACACUCGCCACGGCCUUUUGGGCUCUGGUCUUCAUCCUGGCCAACGCCAUUCCUUCCUUCAGCAACAUCAUUGGCGUAUCGUCCGCCCUGCUGGUCGGCUGGUUCUCCUUCGGCAUUCCGGGUAUCUGCUGGUUGCAUCUCAACUGGAAGACCCAAUUCCUUGGGUGGAAGAACACUUGCCAGGCCAUCCUCUGCUACUCCAUGAUCGCACUGUCCCUGUUCCUCAACAGUGCAGGCAUGUGGGCAUCUAUCACCUCGUUGAUCAAGCUCUUCAACAGCCCUAACAGCACCGUCCAUGGGUCUUUCACAUGCGCUGACAACAGUCUGUUCUGA